UAGGGGUAGGUUUUCACCCUCUUUGUGUUUUUUUCUGGGAAAUUUGAAUACUUCGCGCCGCUACAUCGCGAUUUUUGUAAACCGAGUUUUCGUGUUAGUGGAAACUUUGUGGUUUUCGGAAAGUGUUUUUUUUUUGGAAAUGAAAUUGUUUGUGGGAGCUGUUUUAUAUUUUUCUUUUGUCUAUGGCCAGACAAGUAUACCUGAAGAAGAAGAAACCGAAACAGUUUUCCAAUCGGUGGACGCCGUUUUGUCACGUAGCGCAACUCUACCAUGUGACAUAGAACCUGAUAUCAAAGAAGACAGGGUGUACAUGGUCUUAUGGUAUCGUGACGGUCACAGCAGACCGAUAUACAGUUUUGACGUAAGAGGUAGGGCUUUCAACAAAGCUCUCCAUUGGUCCGAUUCGAAGAUGUUCGGUCCGAGGGCGUACUUCGUCACCGUAUCCAGACCAGCAGCUCUAACAUUAGACGGAGUGCAAUUGGACGACGAAGGCGUAUAUAGAUGCAGAGUCGAUUUCAAAGUAUCCCCAACGAGAAAUUUCGCUAUAAACUUAACCGUUAUAGUCCCCCCACAUCAACUUCUCAUCUACGACAAUUCCGGAAGGGACGUGAACCAUACGGUUGGUCCCUUAGAAGAAAAAACCGAUCUCGUAUUAACGUGCGAAGUGAGAGGGGGUCGACCGACGCCGACCGUCUCUUGGUUUAUGAACGAGAGAUUGAUCGAAGGGCACGUAGAAGAAAUAGGCAAUCACAUGAUGGUGAAUAAGUUAAAAAUAAGCGGGGUGACUAGAGAUCAUCUCAAUUCUACUUAUAAAUGUCAGGCUAGCAACACUAAAUUGAUGAUGCCGUCCGAAAAAACGGUCCGGCUUGAAUUAUUACUGAGACCUCUUUCGGUGAACAUCAUCAAUAAACCGAGGGAGCUGGUGGCUAACGAGGAGGUGUCGAUCCAAUGCGAAGUAGAAGGUUCCAGACCGAAGGCUCUGGUUUCUUGGAGCAGAGAUAACAGACCGUUUAGAAGAGGCCGGGUCAACGCACAAGAAAAUGAAACAUCCGUACUAACGACUAUUACGUUCGUACCGGUCCCGGAAGACGAUAAUAGCGUUUUCAAGUGCGUCGGUGAAAAUCCCAAACUUACCGGCGUCGGUUUGGAGGAUUCAUUCAAGUUAAACGUCGUCUAUCCCCCGCAAGUGGUUCUUCAUUUAGGUAAUACUCUAAAUCCAGAAGACAUAAAAGAAGGAGACGACGUUUACUUCGAGUGCAGCAUCAAAGCGAAUCCCAAACAGCACAGAAUCUUAUGGUAUCACGAAGGUCUUCCCGUGAAUCAAAACAUGUCUUCGGGGGUGAUAAUCAGCACCCACAGUUUGGUACUUCAGAAAGUGACGAGGUACCAGAGUGGAUCGUACACGUGUCUGGCGGCUAACGUUAGAGGGGAAACUAUCAGCGAAAUCGUUAAUUUGAGAGUGAGAUACGCCCCCGUAUGCAGUCGAGAUACGGACGUAACGGUGAUCGGAGCAUCCCUCGACGAAAUAAUCACGGUGAGAUGUCAAGUAUCCGCCGAUCCCUCCGACGUCACUUUCGUCUGGCAAUUCAACAACAGCGGCGAAAGUUUCGACGUCUCCCCCGCCAGAUUCGCCACCUCGAGCGGCAACGUCAGCGAAUUAAUGUACACCACGUCGUCUCAAAGAGAUUACGGUACUUUGACGUGUCAAGGUUCCAACAAAAUCGGUCGACAAUUAGAACCGUGCAUAUUCCAGGUGGUACCGGCUUCGAAGCCGAAUCCUUUGACGAAUUGCACCGUUCGUUCGGCGAAUAAUCAAUCUACGGAUAGCGUGGUGGAGGUGGAAUGUCGAGCCGGUUACGACGGCGGUUUGCCGCAACGUUUCGUUCUCGAAGCUUACGACGCUCGUUCUAUGCGAUUGCGAUUGAAUCGAACGACGUUCGAUACGGAAUCGCCGACGUUUCGAUUGGAUAUCGGGGAGUUGUUGCCGUCCCCGCCGUCGUUGAGGAUCGUCGUUUACGCGGAAAAUUCCAAAGGAAAAAGCGAGAAAAUCGUAAUGGACGACAUAUUGUUGAACGACGCCGAAAAACGCACGGACGGAAGCGGCGGCGUUAGUUUGGUACCGUUGGCGGGUUUGUUGACCGGUUGUCUUCUCACUUUGGGUUUGGCGGUAUUGGUGGUCGUCGUGGUGGCGGUGAGGCGGAAACGAGAAUGCGACGGUUGCUCACGUCAUAUAAACAUCGCAGAUGCUGCUUCGAAAACGAGUUCCAAGUCUCGCCGGGGUUCGAUGUUGGAGAUAAAUACGGGGGAUAAUCGAUACGUGGUGGCGUAUACUUUGAAGCCGGCUUCGGAUUGCGGGGCUUCGCCGGAUGCGGUACGGCAGCCGGAUAUUUUGAAUACGCCGAGAGGUGAGUGCGAAUGUCUGUGUCAUUGUAGUAGUCGGCCGAAAUUCUCGACGUUUCGGCGUUUCGAUGACGUGUAGCUUAGUUAGUUCGUAGGUUUGUUUUAUAUAAAUUAUUUAAAUUUAGAGAUAAAGGAAAUGAAAAUGGUAAACGUUUUCCGUAUCAUUUUUUGUUCUUUUUUAUUUCUCGAAAUUCUAAAUACUUUUUAUCGCAUAAUUUCUUUAUCGGACACUUUUUUGACAAUUAUAAGCUUGUCAGACUAUCGGGAAUUGUUUUUAGACAAAUUUUGAUAAUUGUAACUUUUAGACACUGUGGCAUAGACAGAAACUUUUCUGGGAUUAUUUUCCUUGCGAAAAGUCCUUUCUAGAAACUUUUUCAUAUUAGGAAUUUUUACUGGACGCUUUUUGGACAAAAAAAAAAUAAAUUUUGUUUUGAGCCACUUUGUUGGAAAUUGAAACUGUUUUCAAUAUAAUUUGACAGUUACCAUUUUAUUCGGAAAAUUUUGAAUAUUUCCCUCAUUCUCAUUAAUUUGUUUUCGAACAAAUUUUCGCAGAUGUGAAUGUUCCUUUCAAACGAUUACCAAUUUUAUCGGCAUGAAAAUUUAUAUUUUUGUAAAAUUUCGCAUAAAUUGAUUUUGUUUUUUAGAAAAUUUUCCGUUAAACAUUUCCGUAAAAAUAUUUCAAAUUCACUCGGUAAUAAAUCCGGUUAAUAAAGUGGAUAGUAAAUUUAGUGUUUAAUGGAAAAUUUCUUUCGGGAAAAUGUCAUUUUUGCUAUGUUUACGUCCGCUAAAUAGUAACUCGGUAUGGAAUCCGGCUAAUAAAAUGGACGAAUUUUUUUAUUAAUGGCAUUUUCAUCGAAAAUGACGUUUUGAUUGAAAAUAAUGUUUAUAAAAAAAAAAUUAUGAAAGCAUGUAUUUUUUGUAUUAGAAUUUUUUUCUCUCUCGUUUCGCUUCGUUUCUCUUCAGAGUCUUGUUAAACCCGUGCGGCCGAUAUUUCCGUCUACCGUAUACAGGGUAUACCGUAAUUAGCUAUUACUACGAUGACGCGUGGAAAAAAUAUCGGCUGUUCGGGGAAUGGAAGGGAAAAACGCAUGACAAAAAAAACAACAAAAAUUUAUGUUUAUAAAAAUCAUAGUUUCUA